AUGUCCGGCACCAUCUGGCGGAUGGCCAAAUACAGCUGCCGGUCAUUGAUAUACUUCUGCUUGUUUCUGCUGGCGACCUUGGGCAGAUUGCGGGAUGAGUGGAUCAUGGCACGGAUUCUGAAGCAGUACCAGGAGAGCCCUCCUGUGGCAGACAUCAACGUCGUCGUCGGCGAGCCGCAGCCCGAAGCACACCAGCAAACAGUCGAGAACGCUAUCGAAACCGCAGCGGAUGAUUCAAACGAGACAAGUCGCAGUCAUGAUAAUAAAAACAAAGACACGAAUAAGGGCCAAGGGAAAAACAACGGAAAACAGGCUAAGGCGUCUCACAACAUCGGAACGAAGCAGCCCAGGGACCGAAAAAAGUGA